AGUGAAAGUAAACUAAAGCAAGGCUAACAACAACACAGCAGCACAGUGUCCAACAUUCAACAAGAAAACUCUCACACAGACAUGGCGUCCCUUAGCAGUCUCUUGUCUGAAGAGCAGAUACAGUGCUCUAUCUGUCUGGAUGUUUUCACUGAGCCAGUCACUACUCCUUGUGGUCACAACUUCUGCAAGGCCUGUAUCAGUGGAUACUGGAAUAAGCCUGGCCUGUGCCAGUGUCCAAUGUGUAAGAACAUGUUUUACAGAAGACCUGAGCUCAAAAUCAACACAACACUCAGAGAUGUUGCAGAUCAUUUUAAGAGGAUGAGAGACAGAGAUGAGUCCCUUGCUGAGCCUGGAGACGUGGCCUGUGAUGUCUGCACUGGGAGAAAGCACAAGGCCCUGAAGUCUUGUCUGGAAUGUCUGACCGCUUUCUGUGAAACUCACCUGCAGCCUCACAACAGAGUUGCAGGCCUGAAGAGACACAAGCUGAUCAACCCUGUGGAGAACCUGCAAGACAGGAUGUGUAAGAAGCACGACAGACUCCUGGAACUGUUCUGUAGGACUGACCAGAAGUUUGUGUGUACGUUCUGCACUGAGACAGACCACAAGACUCACCUCACCGUCCCUCUAGAGGAAGAGUGUGGACAGAGGAAGGCUCAACUGGGGAAGACUGAGGCAGAAGUUCAGCAGAUGAUCCAUGAGCGACUGCAGAAGGUUCAGGAGAUCAAACACUCAGUAAAAUUCAGAAAAAGAGCAGCAGAGCGAGAGAUAGCAGACAGCAUGGAGGUUUUCACUGAUCUGGUGCGCUGCAUUGAGAGAAGCCAGGCUGAGUUCAUUGAGGUGGUUGAGGAGAAGUUGAAAGCAGCAGAGUGGCAGGCUGAAGGGCUCAUUGAAGAGCUGGAGCAGGAAAUCACUGAGCUACAGAGGAGAUGCUCUGAGUUGGAGCAGCUCUUACACACCAAGGACCACCUCCACCUCCUCCAGAGCUCCCCACCCCUCUGUAAGCUUCCUCCCACCAGGAAGUGGUCUCAGAAAAGUGUCCACAGUCAGCUGUGUCUGGGAAAUGUAAGGAGAGUUGUGUAUCAACUGGAAGAUGCUCUUCACAAUGAGAUGGAGAAGCUGCCUGACAUCAAGCUGAAGAGGAUGCAGCAGUAUGCAGUGGAUGUAACUCUGGACCCUGAUACAGCAUUUCCAUUCCUCAUCCUUGGUAAGAAAAAUAGGAAACAAGUGAGAUGUGGAGACAAGAAUCAAGAGAAUCUCACUAAUGAUCCAAAGAGAUUUAAAAAUAGUUUCUCUGUCCUGGGUAAGGAGGGUUUCUCCUCUGGGAGAUUCUACUAUGAGGUGCAGGUGACGGGGAAGACAUGGUGGUGGCUAGGAGUGGCCAGUGAAUCCAUAGACAGGAAGGAGAGUUUAAACCUGAGCUCUGAUGGACUCUGGACUGUGUGGCUGAAUGGUGAGAAUGGGUAUGGAGCCAACAAUUACUACCCUGUCCGCCUCUCCCUGAGAGAGAAGCCCCAGAAGGUGGGGGUGUUUGUGGAUUAUGAGAAAGGUCAGGUCUCCUUCUAUGAUGUGAAGGACAAGUCUCAUAUCUACUCCUUCUUUGGAUGCAAUUUCACCGAGAAACUCUAUCCAUAUUUCAACCCCUAUCUUAGCUGUAGUGGUGAAAACUCAGCCCCACUGGUCAUCUCCUCUGUCAAAUCACACACAGUGAAACAAGUUGUCACUAAAAUGUCAAAUACUCAGCUCAGCAGUUGAUUAGUUUGGGGUACUACAGAUCAAUAUUGUUGGGUGUGCAUCUCAAACUGUAUAAAGUGUAAUCAAAGACUCGAGGCUGUAAUCGCUGCCGAAGGUGCUUCAACAAAGUACUGAGUACAGGGUCUGAAUACCUAUGUAAAUGUGAUAUUUCAGUAAAAAAAUAUAUAAUAAUAAAAAUAAAAAUAAA